AUGUCUGACGCACAGUCGUACUGGGCUUCCUUCACAUUGCAAACUUAUAAUUGCGCCUACGCAAUAAUGGUGUGGGAUACUCUUCUGACUUUAUCCAAGGAGAAACGCAAAAUAUGGGACCGAGAAUGGAGCGCUGCGAAAGUUAUAUUCUUCCGUUAUUAUGGGAUCGCAUCCAUCACAGUGAAUUUAUGUUUCUAUAACAUACAAGUCCCCACCGAAGAAUGCGCCAAAAGUCGUUAUCCCCCGACUGAUUUUUUCAUGGACUUCACGAUUAUCUCGUAUCAAUGCAUUCUGUUGCUACGUUGCUACGCGGUCUGGUUACGCGACAAGCGAAUUUUAUUCUGUGGUAUCGCAAUGUUGAUCUGUCAGUUUGUGGAGGCCAUGGAAGUAGUAUCCCCUCCCCAUCACGGGCGAAGUUGGGCCAUGCAGUGCGUUAAAUGCUAUGGAGCAUCUGAGCUGAAAAUGAUGGUGUUUACAGUUGUUCAGGGAGAGAAGUUUUGGGUUGCAAGCGUAUUCUUGUUCCCCACUAUCACGGAUACUGUUUUAACGGUCAUCACCUUCGCCCGAGUGUUUUAUAUUACCCCCAAAACAAGGUCCUCUGUGAUGUCGCGGUUUGUGAGAGAAGGCUUUUUGUUUUUCCUCAUAGUAUUCAUUGGAAAUUGUGCUAAUGGGAUAUUAUAUCUCCAGCCGAACAGAGCUAUAUCUACGAUAUUCAGCGGAUUCGCAAUAAUUUUCGGAAACGUCUGUGGAAACCAUCUAAUACUUGCAGCUCGGCACGACGGUUCAGCGGACUCUGGGGGUUCUGGGUCGCCUCGUCGUGCCGGUAGCAGUCGUGGACAUGGGACGUUAACCAGACCAGGGGUCCUUGUUCAUACGACGGUGGAUAUUGAAUUAGAUGGCUUGUCAUGA